AUGUUUACCAACCGUCCUCGGGUAUUCUUUCCGCCAGAACCUGCUGUCGAGGCGUCUCCCGACCCAUCGUUGUUCGUGCUCGGUCCUCUGUUGAGAGAGAAACGUCAAUCGCCCUCAGCACUACAACCCAAGGAUGACUCAGAUGCAGAGAGUGAGGUCUCUACCGAAGUAGCCACCGACGUCGAGGAAGAGGGCACUGCUCUAGAUGGUGAAAGCAUCACUAGAGAAGAACAAGACGUCGUAGCGCCACUAUCGCAGGUCCCCAAGACUCCGGGCGACCGUAAACUCCUACGCCUCCCAAGUACCGGCCAGCGCGACCUCCGUUGCAAACGCGACGUGAAGCGAGGAUUUCCUGACCAGGAACCUCCUUCACCAUCCCCACCUGUCGGAAAGAAGAAAAAGGUUCUCACCAAGAGAAUGCCAGUGUGGUGCACCUCUAGAGCGUUGGUAGCAUGCGAGACUGGUCUUAGGCGUGCGCCUGCUUCUCAUGCUAGCGACUUACCAACGUCGUCGCCUUUUGGCGGGAAGCGUAGCCGUGGAUAUGAGGCUGACGAUGAGAGAGAGAAGCCGAAUAAAAAACUAAAAGCCGUGGAGAGUGACGACGAUGCUCUUGAUACAGCUCGAGAUGCAACUGGAGAUGUCGAAGAAAGCCAAGUACCAUCUGAUGGCCCUUCGAAGUGAAAUCUACCACUGGCCGACGUUAAUACUUUUGAAUUCUAUGCGCCGCUUCAUGAUUGGGUCCUGACAGCGUGAAUUGUCACUAUUUAUAUUCGAACGCAUAUUUCUUCCUUUGAUUCCCUAUACAAAGUUCCUGAUUUCUUGUUCAUUCAGAUUAAACUCGUUUAUUUUGAAUGCAAUGCAGAGUGUAUGCAGUUUUGAGUGGCAUGCUGCCGAUAUGCGAUGAGCUCAUUUGAAUAUUCGUAGUGAUAGAAACCUUCUUUCUCGUAGAACUAUUCGUCCGGCUAUCUUUCACAAGGCGACUUUCUUCUCAUGUGUAUCAAGUUUCAAUAGUAC